CGACGCGAUGCCAGAGACACCUUUCCCUGAUGAAAGGCAACGUAAUUCUCAUUUCCUUUCGAGGGGGAGAAGGUAAUUAUGCAUCCCAAUAAACGUCACCGCUCCAAAAUCUCGCCGUUAAAAUCCCCAGACCUCCAAAUCUCCCCACUCAAAUUGUCAAAUAUACCCUUAUAGCACUCCUAUACGGCCAUACAUAAAGCGCAACCGCUCGCACCCACAUCGCUCCCCUAACUCUGCAAAUCAAUCGAUAUUCUCUUCGUUCUUUGAUCCUCCAAUCCAAAAACCCAACUUCUCGAAUAAAUUUUUUCAAAAAAUUGGUUUAUUCUCUCUCCGAUUCAAGAAAUGAAGAGGGAAUUCGCGGUGCCGCCGGUGGUUUUCCCGUCCGGCGGGAACCCUGGAGCCGGCGCCGGAGUCCAGCAACGGCGGGUCCCCACGGCGCCGUUUCAGCCCCAGCGGCCCUCGGCCUCCAGCAUCCCCUUCAUGUCCUUCGACAUCGGGUCCGCAGCGGCCUCCACCUCCUCCGCAGCGAUCUACGGCGGCCCUAUCGUCGGUGGCGUGGGAGGCGCCCCCGGAGGAGCGAGCUUCGAGGACGAGGAGCCGUUGCUCGACGAGCUCGGGAUCCACCCAGACCAGAUCUGGCGCAAAACCAAGUCCAUCCUCAACCCGCUCCGGGUCAACCCCACCAUCCACAAGGAUUCGUCGGAUCUCUCCGGCCCGAUCCUCCUCUAUAUGUCGCUCUGUCUCUUCCAGCUCCUCGCCGGGAAGAUCCAGUUCGGCGUCAUCCUCGGCUGGAUUGUCGUCUCCUCCAUCUUCCUCUACGUCGUGUACAACAUGCUCGCCGGGCGGAACGGUAACCUCGACCUGCACACGUGCACGAGCGUGGUUGGCUACUGCAUGCUGCCGGUGGUGAUCCUCUCCGCCGUGUCGCUAUUCGUGCCGCAGGGCGGUCCCGUCAGGUUCGCGAUCGCCGCGGUGUUCGUGGUCUGGGCGACGAGGGCGUGUACGGGCCUCAUGGUCGUGCUCGCCGAUGGCGGCGACGAGCAUCGCGGGCUGAUAGCGUAUGCAUGUUUCUUGAUUUACACUCUGUUCUCGCUGCUUGUUAUAUUCUAGUGAGGAAUUGGCGAUCUCUGAUUGGAAUUGAAAAAAUUUUGGUUACAUAGAACAUAUAUUUUGUUUGUAGAUGUAACUUUUGCCUUAUCAUGAGGACACGAAUCUAAAACGCUAUGAUUGGAUUGCAUUUGAUAUUGUAGGAAAUGGAGAUGAUACUUGUAAAUGAAUUUGUAUGAGAUUUUUAGGUUUAAUGUUCUCAUACAUUUGGUGAAUUGUUGUUGAAUUGGCAUAUGAUUUGCGAU